AAACAAGAGCAGAGAGAGGGAGAGAGAAGAUGAGUAGAGAAGGAGAGAAGGUGUGCGUGACAGGAGCAUCUGGAUACGUGGCAUCAUGGCUGGUUAAACUUCUGCUCCACCGAGGUUACACUGUUAAAGCCACCGUUCGCAACCUCAGAGAUCCGAGAAAAACAGAGCAUUUGAAGGCAUUGGAAGGAGCCGAGGAAAGGUUAGAGUUAUUGGAAGCCGAUUUAACCGAUGAAGGUUCAUUUGAUUCUGUAAUUCAUGGUUGCGUCGGCGUCUUUCACACAGCAUCUCCUGCUAUCUUUGUCACCACAAACCCGCAGGCAGACCUAAUUGAUGUGGCCGUGAAGGGAACUCUGAACGUGUUGAAAUCAUGCCACGAAACAAAAUCCGUUAGACGGGUUGUGUUGACAUCCUCUAUAGUCACAAUCGUCUACAACGAAAAAUAUAUUGGCCCCGGUGUUGUUGUCGAUGAAACCUGGCAUUCUGAUCCUGCUUUCUACGAGAAAAAUAAGGAGUGGUACAUGCUUUCAAAGACAUUGGCAGAGCAAGCGGCCUGGAAAUUUGCAAAUGAAAAUGGCAUUGAUUUGGUAGUAAUGAAUCCUGGGAUUGUGUUAGGCCCUCUCCUUCAGCCAACUCUCAAUAUUUCAUCUCAGUUUGUUUUGGACGUUAUUAAAGGAAAACCUAGAUUUCCCUUUUAUCAGUGCGUGGAUGUUAGAGAUGUGGCUCAUGCACAUAUUAUGGGCUUCGAGAAAUCUUCAGCUUGUGGCAGGUACCUUCUGGUUGGAGAAUCAUUGACUCACCUUCAACUUCGACAGCUCUUGCAUAAACUCUAUCCCUCCAACGUCGAUGCCCCAACAAGCGUGGAGGAGAAUCCAAUAGGCGAAGUAUCGAAGAAGAAAGCAGCAAGUUUGGGAGUGAGUUUUAUGCCCGUGGAGGUGAGCCUCAAGGAUAUUGUUGAAAGCUUGAAGGAGAAGAACUUCCUCAAUUUCUGAUAGAUGUAAUAAUUGAUUAUGUGGAAUAUAAGUCAUUACCUAAAGUCGAACCAAAUAGAUCAUAAUUGAUAUUUAAAUAAAAUUUGUGUUAUGCUAUUUUACAGGUCAAAAUUACAAACUAUAUUUAAUGAUGUAGUUGUAAUUAUAAAUACUAAUACAUGCAAUUGCAAAUAUGUCAUUAAAAUAUGGAUUCUAAUGCAUAU